CGGCAUUGUGGGAAGUGUGUGCAGCUCAGUCUCGCGGCGAUGCGAGCGGCGCUCACAAGUCUGGACGAGCUAUGGCAAUACGGUACCUGCGCUUAGCACAGAGAAACCUUCAAGACCUGAGCAAAGUACUGCUCUUGUUGCCGAAGAACAACAGCAGGACUGUAGCAGAGCUGUACAGCACUGCAGCUCAACGCAGCAGAGGUGACGACUUUCAUGGCGAGGAUGGUGUGGAUGACCACAGCCACUCACUCACCGAAGCAAGGAUUCUCAAAAUGCGAGCCAACAAGCUGGAGCAAGAAGUCCGAGACCUGAGUGAGAGAUACAAAAAAGCUUUGGCGGACUCUGACAUGGUUCGGAGAAGAACGCAGAAAUUUGUUGAAGAUGCUAAGCUCUUCGGAAUUCAGAGUUUCUGCCGAGACCUGGUGGAAGUGGCUGACGUGCUGGAGCGGGCGACAAGGGACUUUCAAGGAGAAGGACUAGGCCCUGAGGGCAGUACUCAGCUGUGUAAAGAGCUGGUGCAUGUGCUGGACAAGCUGCAGUUCAUCUUUGCAAAACAUGGUCUUGAAAAAAUGAACCCUGUGGGGGGCCGAUACGACCCCUACGAGCAUGAGAUUGUGUGCCAUGUGGCAUCAGAUGGCGUUGAGCCUGGCUCUGUUGCACUGGUCAAGCAAGAUGGCUACAAGCUACACGGGCGGACCAUACGGCACGCCCAUGUUGGCAUUGCCAUGCACACACAGGUACACUGACCUCCCAAAAAUCACCUGUCCACAGGCAUCACCUGUCACACUCAAAAUGAAUAGUCUUCCUUGGGUGCAUUUGGCAUUCAAGUUUUUCAUGUUAAUUUUCACAUUUUGUACAGUAAAUGUUUAUUUAUUUUUGUUUGAUCAUUUUCUGAAGUAAUAAAAUAUUAGUCUGUGUUUGAUAAAUUGUAUAGCAGAUUUGGCAAGAAUAAGGGUAAGUCCCCCCUCAGUCACUGAAUGCAGAGUACUGUGUGUGUGGUGAUGACUAGUGAUUUGAACGCUUUGUUACGCAUGAGGUGAGAAAUGGUUUGCUUGGGUUCGAGUCUAUAUGAGAAUGGGAGGUGAAUCCUUGCCCUCGGUGACAAGGAGCAGAAUAUACAUGCAGUUGUGGAUCUAUUUUUUUUCCCCACAGCACCUUAAACUAUUUAUAAAA